GCUGUGGAAGGAAAAAAAAAACCGGUGAACCGAGAUGAGCUUUGACUCAUUAAAAAGAGCCGUAAUUGCCAUCACUAGUGCAAACAUUCUCCCCAGCCCAAUAUUUUACUGUUUACCAAGUUCGUCCCCCUCCUCUGACUCCCACCCUCCCUCCGUCUGCCUUUGUAAUCUCCUCCCCUUGUGAGCUGUGGGUGCUGUGGGAACAUCUCGGCUGCCGAAACUGGCAUCAUCUGCAGCACUCUACACACUGCUUCUCAGUCGGGACGGACAAGUUCCACUAUUGCACCACUGAAGACCGUCUUUAGUCCUCUGGCACCUCUGGAUCACCAGCUACGGAGAGGAGAUUCAGUGUGCUGAGAAGGAUCAGGAAGCUUGGGGUUUGCUCUGUCCAGUCAGACCGCUGAUUUGUACAGAGGAUAGAGGUAGCUCACAGCAGCAGCCAUGACCAAAAGCAGCGGGGAGAAACCGCGCUCUCGCAGCCGGGUGCAGAGGAUCCGUGAGGACAUCCAACUGCGCUCCCUGAAGGCCAAGAAGAAAGUAGAGGACAUCACCAAAGACGACGUUAAGACCUUCUUGAGGAGGAAUGCCUUCGUGCUUUUAACCAUCGGCGCAGUUGCUCUUGGCAUCAUACUCGGAUUUGCCCUGCGGCCAUAUAAGAUGUCCUACAGAGAGGUGAAAUAUUUCUCCUUCCCCGGAGAGCUCUUAAUGCGCAUGCUCCAGAUGUUGGUCCUCCCUUUGCUGGUGUCCAGUCUGAUCACAGGCAUGGCAGCACUUGACAGUCGGGCUUCGGGGAAGAUGGGGAUGCGAGCCGUGGUGUACUACAUGACCACAACGUUCAUCGCCGUGUUCAUCGGAAUCAUCAUGGUCCUCAUCAUCCACCCUGGCAAAGGCUCCAAAGAUGAGUUUGCUAAGCAGCAGAAAAUCGAGCAAAUCAGCCCAGCCGACGCCUUCCUGGACUUGAUCAGAAACAUGUUUCCUCCCAACCUGGUUCAAGCUUGCACACAGCAGUUCAAAACCCAAUACAGCAAAAGAGUUGUACAUGUGAAGGAGAUAGUGAAUGACAGCAUUUUUAAUCUGACCAACACCACCCAAGAGAUCGCUCAUGAAGAGAUCAUCCCAAUCCCUGGCACCACAAACGGAGUCAACGCCCUCGGGCUGGUCGUGUUCUCCAUGUGUUUCGGCCUGAUCAUUGGGAAUAUGAAGGGGGAGGGCCAAGCACUCAGGGACUUUUUCGACUCCCUCAACGAGGCCAUCAUGCGUCUGGUCGCCAUCAUCAUGUGGUAUGCACCCAUCGGUAUCCUCUUUUUGAUCGCUGGUAAAAUUGUGGAAAUGGACGACAUCACUGAAAUGGGAGGGCAACUAGGCAUGUACACCGUGACGGUCAUCAUAGGCCUCCUAAUCCACGGGUGUAUUAUUCUACCCACACUCUUCUUUGUCAUCACCCGGAAGAACCCCUUCAUCUUCAUCACUGGCAUAUUGCAGGCCCUAAUCACUGCCCUGGGAACGUCGUCCAGUUCAGCCACUCUGCCCGUUACAUUCAAGUGCUUAGAGGAGAACAAUAAAGUUGACAAGAGGGUGACCCGCUUUGUGCUGCCGGUUGGCGCGACCAUCAACAUGGACGGAACGGCACUGUACGAGGCGCUGGCUGCCAUCUUUAUCGCCCAGGUCAACAACAUGGAGAUGAACUUCGGACAGAUCAUAACUAUUAGCAUCACAGCCACAGCUGCCAGUAUCGGAGCUGCUGGAAUCCCCCAGGCUGGACUGGUCACCAUGGUCAUCGUGCUGACCUCCGUGGGCCUCCCCACCGACGACAUCAGCCUCAUCAUCGCAGUGGAUUGGUUCCUGGACCGACUGCGCACGACAACCAACGUGCUAGGCGACUCUAUAGGAGCAGGCAUUGUGGAAUUCUUGUCCCAAGAUGAGCUGCAGGACGGCGAUUUGGAGAUGUGCAACUCCGUAUUGGAGGAGAACGAGUUGAAGAAGCCUUACCAGAAGAUUCCUCAACAGAAUGAGUACGAGAACGAGAAACCUCCAGACAGCGAAACAAAGAUGUAGUGAAUCCCAGAGUCCUGUUGUGGUGUGCCCAAGCAGGGAUUUCUUUCUGUAUGUGUGCAUGUGUGUGUGUGUGUGUGUGUGCGUGUGUGUGUGUGUGCGUACGUGUGUGUGUGUGUAUGAG